UCAUUUAUUGAGAUCUCUGUCAUCAUCCGCUGCGAUUGCAUCUCUGACCCUAAAUGGCUUCGCUGAUUGGGUGCCACUGGACGAAAAGAGUUAUGAUUACGUCCUGAAAAAUUCACAACUAUGUAAUAGCAGCAACGCGAAAUCUCAUUCACCUCAUGAAAAUGUAUCUCCGGAACUCGAUUCAUGUCAAAACUCCAUUCUUCGAGCGCUAAGUGAUGCCAUUGAUCCCGUACUUCUGGAUGUGGUACUCGAUGAUUUGAUGGAAGAUCUUGAAUCGGGAGCGUUGGAGAAAUUGUUUCCCGGACCCAUUAUAAAUGUUGACCGAGGGCCCGGAAGCGAUGACGAGAGAAUAGUGAUGACGGUGGUGUUAACUAGGAAACGAUAUCCGUUUGAUGAAAACAUGGGAAAGAUUUUCAUCGAUGUCUUAAAUGCCUUGGUUGAGGAUCGAAGGUUAGAAAAAUAUUUUGACGAUCACAUAUAUGACUCAUUCUUUGUGUUGGUGGUUCGAUUGCUAAACCUAAUUCGAGAUUUGGUACAUCUUAAUGAUUUAUACGAAGGGUUUGAUCCAGCCGUUUUGUUUUCAAGAACUAUCGGACACAUGAAGGAUAAGUAUGUCGAGAACCUGACUGAUCUCGAAAAGGCACUAAUUGAUAUUGGGUUCGAAAAGUUUGAAGGAAUUGACGAUGAUGCCAUCUCCUCUCACAAAAAAGCUAUACCCAUUCACGCCGCCACGGCCAACAGUUUAGAAGCCUUGCAACGAUGGCUAAAUAGGAUUUCCAUAGUGAAGCGAUGUAAGGUGCCCAUGGAUAAUUUUGAAUUGAGUGGACGAAAAGCGAUAUUAAAAUAUUUGUUCGAUGGGUUGGUAUCGGCAGCGGUCGAAAUCAGGUUGAGCAUUGGGUUGGAGGAUGAAUUUCGAAAGCAUAGGAUAAGCAAGACAAAGAAAAGAAUUGGAAAAUUGAUAAAUAUACACAAUGAUUACACGGCGAAAAAGGAUGGUCCCACUAAAGUUGAGGACCUGGAAGCGAAAUGGGAAAAGCACAUCGGAAAAUUAAAGAAAAAUCUAGCACAUAUGAGAAAACUUCGAAUUAGUUUUGAUUUUCCUAUUGAAUUAUUGAACUCGAGGCUAUCGACAUUAAAUAUCUUGCAAUUAGAAAAAGCAUCUGCGUCAGUUGGUGUAUUUGAUAAUCGAGGCUCUUCGUCCACUAGUAUCAUAACAAAUGAUCAGGCUUCGGUGAUUUCGGAGCAAAACAUUUUUGCGACAAAUUAUUCGAAGAAUGAAGUCCGAAAAAAGAAUGAUAACAAAACGAUCUAUCGGAAGGUCGAAAUUCAAGAGUAUAUUAAGAGUGAGCGAUUAGUUAAAGGUCAGCGCCUAAAGUUCUAUACUGCUAUGGAUCAGAGUGUUCAAGAUAGUGGAAAUAGUUCGGGGUCGCAUUCGUCAUCAAAUAAUCAACAUUCAAUUAGCAUCAAUAGACCUUCAGGGGUUGUACCCACCAAGCGUAAUAAUAAUAUUCACGAGGAUAUAAUUUCAUUGAAGCGAAUCAAAACUUCUGCUAAUGACAAACCACCCAACAAGAUGAAAUCAAAGCAAAUCGUCUUAGCAGAAGACGAGGGUGAUGAUGAUAAUGAAAUGGAUGCAAAUAUGAAAUUUGCUGACAUCGUCAGCGAGUAUAGGAUGACAAACUCUACGGAUGCAGAAAAGGUUUCUGAUGCAGAGAUGCAAGGAGGAGAUUCCAAUCCUUCCACUCAAAAUUACUUAACGACGGACAUUCGAAAAGAAAUGUUUUCUGAUUCUCAAUUCGUUCAAAUCAGUCCCUACGAAGCUGAAGUCCAACAGGUCUACGAACAGUUAAUCAAGGAAAAUGAGAUAGAAAAAAUGGCACUACUAAAAAUACGGGAUAAUAUGAUUGAGCAGGCUAAAAACUCGGUUUCAAAAAAGGAAUAUCCUCAAAGCGUCGAGGAAAUCGCAUCGUUGAUGGCUUAUUUGGCGAAAAAUGAUAUAAUUAUGAAUGGUGAACCCACGGAAAGCGAAGAUAAUAGAGCAGCUGUGAGUACCAGAUUUUCUUUGGAAGAUAGUCAAUCGUCAUCUAGAUCGAUCGGAGGUAGAGAGUCUUCAGUUGAAAAACAACUGUUACAAAGUUUUGAGAAUUAUAAAUCCUAUAAUUAUAAAAGUGGAAGUGGUGAUGUUAACGAAACUGCCUUGGAUUAUAGUAACCCUGAUAAACCAAGAUUGGCAAUGGCCUAUAUUGCAAAUGUGAACCCAAGUUAUAAUAUGCCAGGAAAUCUACAAUUUCUGGACAUUGCUCCAGGUAGAGCCGCAUAUAAUUUAUAUGGUCACCAUGCGCCGGAUGCUCUUACGAAAGAAGAGCUUUGGACCACCGUCACUGAUGUAAAAUUUUCUCCCGACGGAAAAUUUAUCUUCUCUUCAUCUACUGAUGCAACCAUAAAGCUGCAUUCUAUUAGGAAGGAUUACAAUAAAUUUCACAUGUCCUCUCAAGAUUUCAAGGAUGAAAAUCGUAAGAGAUGCGCAAGCGACAUAAUAUUUAAUGAAAACAACAACACCCUGAUAGCAGGCUAUAAUGGAUUCAUCGAUGAUCCAAAAGGAAAUUGGGUAGCAUGUGGAACCACUGGAAUCGGGAGUGAAUUGGGAGAUGGAUCAAUGUGGAUUUGGGAUAUUCGUAGUCAAUGUAGGACUGAGACAAAGUGCGAAGAAAAAGAUGCAAACAUAAUUUCAAUUUCUCCGAAUGACUUCUACAUUGCUCUAGGAGGAACUUCGAAUUCGGUUUAUGUGUUUGACACGAGGCAAUUAAAUUCGAUACUUCGCGUUCUUCGACACGACGAUCCAAACGACGGCCUUCCGCAUGAUGGUGUAAUGUCGUUACAAUGGGUGCCCAAUAGUAAUAUUUUAAUCAGUGGUGGUAACGAUAAUUGCGUAAAAGUUUGGAAUAUCGGCGACAAGAAAGAAAAUAGGAUGAUUUAUCAAUUCGCCAAACAUGAUAGUCCGGUUACUUCUGUUAGAUUAUCUCCAGAUUUUAAGGUGAUGACUGUAGGGGUAUCAACCGGUAAAAUAUAUGUUUAUAGUGUAAAUGAAAAUUUUAUCGAGGCCGGUAGAAAUCUUAAAUAUUUUUAG